AUGGAGAUGAUUUCCGACGAGUAUGGUCCGAGUUGUCACCCGCAUCAGUAUAUACCUACCAAGGUACAAAUAUAUAUAUCCCGACUUCUAGACCGCUUGCCUUCUCAAGAAAAAUCGCACAAACCAUCACAGUGUAUCAACAUUCCUGCUCCAGCACACGUGCAAAAAGAGACAAUUGACAAAUUUCUAGACACAUGGGGAAACAGCAAAGCGCAAGACACCAUAAACCUCUGGUCUGACGAUUUUGAGCAGCGAUUGCUCCCAUUUUCGCUACAGCAGCCAGUACGACGGCGAGAGCAUGCCGAAUUCUUCUAUCCGAAGCUCGUCAAUAAUUUGGCAAACUGGAAGGUGGGCAUCAAGCACAUAGUCCACGACGCGGACAAGAGCACGGCCGCUGUGUAUGCGACGUCCUCUGCAGAUACGCCUAUUCCAGAGGAAAAAUGGACGAAUGAAUUCUCUAUUUUUAUGACACUGACGGAAGAUGGGUUGAAGGUUAAGAAGUUGGAGGAGAUGGUGGACUCGGCAUUCUAUCAGCGUUUCUUCCCUAUUUUCCAGAAGUGGCUGAUCGAAUCGGGGGCUCUUCAGUAG